CAUGUGUCCAUCCUGUGUUUUUAUUUCACGUUUUCCCCAAGGUGUGCGAAUGCAAAAUGAAGCUGUUCUUCCUAAGCGGCUUGCUGCUUUCUUGCUGUUGCCAAGCUGGGGCAGUGAAGAGAGAGUACUAUCUCGGGAUUAUAGAGACGGUGUGGAACUAUGCGCCUGGCAAUAAAAAUAUCAUAUCUGGACAGCUCUUUGCAGAAGAAGAGCAGGCGGAAGUCUUUCUCAAAAGAGGACCGCAUAGGAUAGGAAGCGUUUAUAAGAAGGCCGUCUAUACUCAGUACACCAAUAAUUUGUAUGACGUGAUCGUUGAGAAACCUUCCUGGCUGGGUUUUUUAGGCCCGAUCGUUAAGGGAGAAGUUGGGGAUUCCAUUGUCAUUCACUUGCGAAACUUCGCGUCCAGAAGCUACACACUGCACCCUCACGGUGUUAAAUAUACCAAGGAAAAUGAAGGUGCUUUUUAUCCUGACAACACCAAAGACUUGCAAAAAAAAGAUGACGCUGUGAAGCCUGGAGACCAGUACACUUACACAUGGGAUGUGACAGAAGAUCAAGGUCCAGCUGACGGAGAUGCAGAUUGCAUAACCAGGGUUUAUCACUCCCAUGUGGAUGCUCCAAGAGAUGUUGCCUCAGGGCUUGUUGGACCUUUAAUAAUUUGCAGGAAAGGUACUCUGAGUAAGAACAGCGAUAAACACUUUGAUGCUGAAUUUAUCCUUAUGUUCUCUGUGAUGGAUGAAAAUCUCAGUUGGUAUCUGGAGGAUAAUGUCAGGACAUACUGCUCUGACCCUUCCAACGUUCACAAAGAUGAUGAGGACUUCCAGGAAAGCAAUAAAAUGCACUCAAUCAACGGGUACAUGUAUGGAUACCUCCCAGACCUCACAAUGUGUGUGGAAGAUAAGGUAAAAUGGCAUCUUUUUGGCAUGGGUAAUGAAGCUGAUAUCCACGCAGCCUAUUUUCAUGGACAGACUUUAAUAGAAAGGCAUCACCGCGUCGACACUAUCAACCUCUUCCCAGCCACCUUUAUUGAUGCUGUCAUGAUACCGAGGAGUCCUGGGGAAUGGCUGUUGAGCUGCCAAGUGAAUGACCAUAUUGAAGGCGGUAUGCAGGCCCUUUUUAAAGUAAGAGAGUGUAGAAAAUCCACAACAGAUCAUAAUGAGAGCACAAAGAUAAGACAGUACUUCAUUGCCGCUGAAGAAAUCAUCUGGAAUUAUGGCCCAUCUGCAAUGAACCAUUUUACAGGACAGGAAUUAAUUGCUGACAGUGAAUCUCAAAUAUUUUUUGAACAAAGUGAAACAAGAAUUGGUGGGUCUUAUAAAAAAGCCGUUUACAAGGAAUACACAGAUCAUACCUUCACAGAACAUAAAGAGAGGCUCCCGGAGGAUGUACAUCUUGGACUCUUAGGACCUGUUAUUAAGGCAGAAGUGGGUGAGAGCAUCAGGGUGACUUUCCGAAACAACGCCAGCCGCCCAUUUAGCAUUCAGCCCCAUGGUGUGAGUUACCGCAAGAGCAACGAGGGGGCAUGGUACGGUGCCGUCUCCGGAGGUACUGAAUCUCCAGCCUCUCAUGUGACUCCUGGCGCCACGUUUACAUAUGAGUGGAACGUGCCAGACCAUGUGGGCCCUACAGACCAAGAUCCAGACUGCUUAACCUGGCUUUACUAUUCAGCUGUGGAUGCGGUCAGAGACACCAGUUCUGGCCUUGUGGGUCCUCUCUUGGUGUGCAGGAAAGGAGCUCUACUCCCUUCUGGGAAACAGAAAAAUGUGAACAGGGAGUUUUUUCUACUUGCCACAGUAUUUGAUGAGAAUCUCAGCUGGUACUUGGAUGACAAUAUUUUGAUGUUCACACUCAAUCCUAACAAAAUUGCCAAAGAUGAUGAGGAUUUCCAGGAGUCUAACAAAAUGCACUCCAUUAACGGUUAUAUGUACGGAAAUCAACCUGGCCUUGAGAUGUGUAAAGGAAAUGUGGUUUCCUGGCAUUUGAUGGGCAUGGGGUCAGAAGUCGAUAUCCAUGGGAUAUAUUUUUCAGAAAACACAUUCCUAACUAAAGGAACAAGACGGGAUACAGCAAAUCUGUUUCCACAUUCUUUUCUUACAGCUGUUAUGAAGCCUGACUAUGAAGGCGUUUUUGAAGUGUCGUGCCUGACAACGGAUCACUACACAGGGGGCAUGAAACAGAAAUACAAAGUGAAACAAUGCCACUGGUGGAAUGUGGACCCAUCGCUGUAUUUGCAUACAAAAACUUACUACAUUGCUGCAGUGGAAGUGGAAUGGGACUACUCUCCUAACAGGACGUGGGAAUUUGAGCGGCAUCAGUUUCAUGAAGAAAGCCCGGGCAAUCCCUUUUUAAAUAAGGAAGACAAAUUCAUUGGUUCAAAAUACAGAAAGGUCGUGUAUCGUGAGUACACUGAUCAGACAUUCAGUACGCCCAAAACCAGAGCUGAGGAGCAGCAGCAUCUGGGAAUCCAAGGGCCAUUGCUUAUGUCAAAUGUUGGAGAUAAAAUCAUAAUAGUUUUUAAGAACUUGGCAUCGCGACCUUAUUCUAUACAUGCCCAUGGAGUGAAAACAGACGCUUCUGUUGUUGCUGUAACUAACCCAGGUGAAACAAAAACGUAUGUCUGGAAAAUUCCUGAGAGAUCUAGUUCUGGGAGAGGAGAUCCACGCUGCAUCGCCUGGGCGUACCAUUCAGCUGUGGACAUCGUCAAGGACACUUACAGUGGAUUAAUAGGCACACUUGUUGUGUGUCAUAGACAUUAUCUGCCAUCAUUUCAUAUUAAAAAAAAAGUUCAAUUUGCUCUUCUUUUUAUGGUUUUUGAUGAGAAUGAGUCAUGGUACUUGGAUGAAAAUAUUAAAACCUACUCUAGCAACCCACACCUUGUUGACAAAGAAGAUGAGGAAUUCCUUGAAAGUAAUAAAAUGCAUGCCAUUAAUGGGAAAGUUUUUGGGAACUUGCAUGGUCUGGUUAUGCAUGUUGGGGAUAAAGUAAGCUGGUAUUUGAUGGGAAUGGGCAACGAAGUAGAUCUUCACACAGCACAUUUCCAUGGCCACAGCUUUGAUUAUAAGCAAAUAGGAGUUUACCGGGCAGAUGUGUUUGACCUGUUCCCUGGAACAUUUCAAACUGUGGAAAUGAUGCCGAGGAACCCUGGCACCUGGCUGCUGCACUGCCACGUUACUGAUCACAUCCACGCGGGGAUGGAAGCCACCUACACAGUGCUCCCAAAGGAAGACAAAGCGUCUUUUUUUCCCCUAAGAUCAUUCAAUCAGUUAAAGUGGAGGAGUACAAGAGGCACGCUAGAACGAAGAAGCCGUUUUACCGCAGUGAUUCCCUGAGGUCUAUCUUCAGUGAGGCAUUUCUUCAGAAACACCGUCUCCUGGACGAUCCCUUUCAACGUGGGUUUUGGAAUAUUUCAUUUGGUGGCCGCUGCUAACAAAAGGACCACAGACUGAGACAGGUGCAUGGAUAUAACACUUGUUAAGGAUAUAAGCUUAUAAACAACAUUCUCCUUCAAUAAACAUUGUAUCUUGCCAGCUACUUA